UGCCCCGGGAGUGGCGGCGGCGGCGCGGGUCGGGUGCGCGGCGCAGCCUCCUGUGCUGGAAUGUGCGGCUCCCGCGAGCUCAGGGCGCAGGAGCAGAGCAAGCGCCGCCGAGGCCUGGGGCCCCAGAGCCCGCUGUGGCUGGCGGCGGCGGCCCGGAGCGCAGGGCGCGAGCCCGCGGCCUGAACACUCCCUGCAGCCCCACUGGGUCUUUGAGGGCCUCGACGGGCCCAGCGGCCAACUUUUCCAGCGCCUCCCUCCCCUCCCCCGAAACUCCUGCAACAAAGAAAAGUAGUCCGUGAAGGAGCGGCGACGCGGGUCGUCGCCCCUCGUCGGCCAGGAAGGCCGAGCACAGACAUGGCCACCCAGGUGAUGGGGCAGUCUUCCGGAGGAGGAGGGCUGUUCACGGGCAGUGGCCCCAUGGGCAUGGCCUUGCCAAAUGACAUGUACGACUUGCCCGAUCUCUCUCGAGCUGAACUGGCUGCGCCUCAGCUCAUCAUGUUGGCAAACGUGGCCUUAACUGGGGAAGUAAAUGGCGGCUGCUGUGAUUAUGUGGUUGGCGAAGAAAGACAGAUGGCAGAAUUGAUGCCUGUUGGGGAUAGCAACUUCUCAGAUAGUGACGGAGAAGGACUUGAGGAGUCUCCUGAGGUGAAAGGCGAACCCAGUGGGCUGGAGAAGAUGGAACUGGAAAGUUUGGAACUCAGCGUUGUCCAGCCACGGCCUGUGUUCGAGGCGUCAGCUGCCUCAGAAACGUACAGCUCCAACAAAGACCUUCCUCAGGAGACGCCCGCAGCAGAGGACAAGUGCAAGACCUUGAAGACCAAACCCUUCCGCUGUAAACCGUGCCAGUACGAGGCCGAAUCUGAAGAGCAGUUUGUGCAUCACAUCCGAGUUCAUAGCGCCAAGAAAUUUUUUGUGGAGGAAAGUGCAGAGAAGCAAGCAAAAGCCAGGGAAUCCGGCUCUUCUCCUGGGGAAGAGGGCGAUUUCUCCAAGGGCCCCAUCCGCUGUGACCGCUGUGGCUACAACACCAAUCGCUAUGAUCACUACACUGCUCACCUGAAACAUCACACCCGAGCCGGGGACAAUGAGCGUGUCUACAAGUGCAUCAUAUGCACGUACACCACAGUGAGCGAGUAUCACUGGAGGAAGCACCUGAGAAACCACUUUCCAAGGAAGGUGUACACAUGUGGGAAAUGCAACUAUUUUUCAGACAGAAAAAACAAUUAUGUUCAGCAUGUUCGAACUCAUACAGGUGAACGUCCGUAUAAAUGUGAACUUUGUCCUUACUCAAGUUCUCAGAAGACUCAUUUAACCAGACAUAUGCGUACUCAUUCAGGUGAGAAGCCAUUUAAGUGUGACCAGUGCAGCUAUGUGGCCUCUAAUCAACAUGAAGUAACCCGCCACGCAAGACAGGUUCACAACGGGCCCAAACCUCUAAACUGCCCCCACUGUGACUACAAAACAGCAGACAGAAGUAACUUCAAAAAGCACGUGGAGCUGCAUGUGAAUCCACGGCAGUUCAACUGCCCUGUGUGUGACUAUGCAGCUUCCAAGAAGUGUAAUCUGCAGUAUCAUUUCAAAUCUAAGCAUCCUACGUGUCCUAAUAAAACCAUGGAUGUCUCAAAGGUGAAACUAAAGAAAACCAAGAAGCGAGAGGCUGACUUGCCUGAUAACAAAAUCACCAGUGAGAAACCAGAAACAGAGCAGGCAAAAGUAAAGGGGGAUGUGACUGGGAAGAAAAACGAGAGGUCUGUAAAAGUGGAGAAGAAAGAGAAUGUUUCAAAAGAGAAACGGCCUUGUAGUAACGCCUCAAGCCAGGUGACCACCAGAACUCGCAAAUUGGCCAUGGAAGCGAAAGAAGUGGAUGUGUCCCCAGGAAACAAUUCAGAAAAGAGCUGCAGAAGCAAGAAAAGCAAAAGGAAGGUGGAAGCUGAAGCCCAUUCCUUACAAGAGCCUGUUAAUGAUGAGGAACCUGUGACAAAGAAGAAAAAGAAGGCAGAAAGCAAAUCCAAAAAUAGUCAGGAAGUGCCAAAGGGUGACAGCAAAGUAGAGGAGAAUAAAAAGCAAAACAUUGGCAUGAAAAACAAGAGGAAAACCGUGAGAAGUAAACCAUGUAAGAAGAGCAGCCAGCCUGCUCAGAGGAGGCCCCCUCAGAUGGAGUCUGCUCAGGUGGGGUGUGUGCAGACGGAGCCGCCCCCUCCUCCUCCCCCUUCCCCUCCCCCUCCUGUGGGGGGUGUUGAGGUCGAGGUUGUCCAGAAGGGGCCUGUUCAGAUGGAGCCUCCUCCUCCCAUGGAGCCUGUUCAGGCGACCCCUGUUCAGAUGGAGCCUCCUCCUCCCAUGGAGCCUGUUCAGGCGACCCCUGUUCAGAUGGAGCCUCCUCCUCCCCUGGAGCCUGUUCAGGUGACCCCUGUUCAGAUGGAGCCUCCUCCUCCCCUUCCCCCUCCUCCCCCAGAGCCUGCUCAGGUGGGGUCUGUUCAGACAGAGCCUCCUCCUCCCCCUUCCCCUCCUCCUCCUGUGGGGGAUGCUGAGAUGGAGGUGGUUCAGACGGGGCCUGUUCAGACAGAGCCUCCUCCUCCCACAGAGCCGAUCCCCAGAAGGUCUCCUCGCAAAGAUCAUAGAAAGGAGAAGUCCAGCAUGCUGAGUGAAAGGGCGCGGAAGGAGCAGGUCCUCAUUGAGGUCGGCUUAGUGCCUGUUAAAGACACGCAGCGUCUGAAAGAAAGUGCCUGUGCUCAGGAUCUCUCCCCACCAUCACCACCCCUGCCAAAGGAAAACUUAAACGGGGAGGAAUCGAAAGACCAACAUUUGUUCCCUGCAGGCGAAGGAAAGAAAGAAGCCCCUCCUCAAAAAGCGGGAGCAGAAGAGGCAGAUAAGAGUCUAGCUGGUCUUGGUGCUGUUAUCAAGGCAUCUGCCAACACUUCAUCCUCUGAACAAAACUUGAAUAUGCCAGAGGGUGAAACUUCAGAGGAUAAACAUCAGGCCGAAGCUAUGCUCUGUGAAAUGGAGGUGGACACUGACGAGAAGAAAGCAGAGAAUUUCCCCAGCAAAGACGUGGCAGUUGAAGAACCAGUUUCACCACCACUUCCUGCUCUGCCGCUAGAAAAACAUGAAGCGGUGUCCACAGCGGCUGUGGCGUCCCCUCCUCUCACCGUGGCAGUGAGUGAGUCUCAGGAAAUGGAUGAAGACGAAGGCAUCCACAGUCACGAUGGGAGCGACCUGAGUGACAACACGUCAGAGGACAGUGACGAUUCUGGAUUGAACGGGGCUCGGCCAGUCCCACAGGAGACCAGUGGGAAAGAUGGAAAGGAGGCCUUGGCUGCCAGAGUGGCCGAGGGAGAUUUCGUUUGUAUCUUCUGUGAUCGUUCUUUUCGAAAGGAAAAAGAUUACAGCAAACACCUCAAUCGCCAUCUGGUCAAUGUAUAUUUCCUUGAAAAGGCAGCUCAAGGGCAGGAGUAAUGACACUCUGGUCAAGGUUUCAGUUCUUGGUGGAUAAGGUCUCUGACAUUUUAUAUUCAUUUGCAGUAGUAGACAGCCUUUUUUUAAAAUUAAUUACUGUCCAAUCUUGAUUUUUAAGUGGCACUCUUUUUUUCUUAGGACUCGUGUACCUGCUCGUGUACACAUUUUAGUAAAUCCAAGGGAGUUAGUAUACUAAACCAGCAGUCAUCUGAACAUGUUACCUUUUUAAAAAUAUUUUUAUCUUUUGCCUUUAACUGAACCAAGGAUGCCAAAGUGGUAUUAGAGCAUUCUAUCAAUUUGUUCAGUUAUAACUUGUCAGUUUUUUCCUGUCUUCCUGUUUCACUUUAGUUUAUUCUUCAUUCCUUGUUUAGCCCUAUAAAAAUUGGCUUACUUAAAUAGCAAAUUACUUGAAGAAUUUGCCUGCUUCAUAUAAAGUUAGCACUUUAAAAUUGUAUUAAAGAUGAGAAAAUACAUUGAAUUUGAAGAGAAAUUCUGCCAGCAUUUGAUAUUCUGUCAGUUCAGGUAUUUACUUCCUGAGCUUUGAUCAAUAGGUAUUUCUUAUUUGUGUAUAUGUUAAUUGUCAUAAAAACACUGAUUUUGGUGUGUUUUUUUGUUUCGGUGCUUUAAUGGCUUAAGAUAUUGCACUUUUUAAAUCUAUGCAGUUACAUUUUUUUUCCUAGAACUACCAUUUGUGUUGAACAGUAACACUUUAUACAUAUAUUUGCAUUUUAUUUUUUCCUCUUUGGAGGGAUGCUUUUAAUCUUGUUUGCAAAAGGGCAGGUGUUUUUUUUUCCCCUUGCUGCAACUGUCUUGCAGAAUAUUAUUGUGUGCAAAUUUCUGAGCAAAUGAAAUAUGCAGGUUCAAUUCAUAUAUAUGCCAGAGUCUGCGUUUCAUAUGUUAUUUAUUUUAAAUGGAUGUAGUGAAAUCAUAGCUCUCAGUUUGAACUUUAGAAUAAAUAAACCACUAGGUCUAUGUUGAAUGGAUAUUUAUCUCAAAUAUCAACCAUAAGUAAAUUUUUGACAUGUCUUAGUACAUCUGCUUCCUUAAAGUGCAGUGUUAAAUCGUAUCUUAGAGGAAAACCUCAUUUGUAGAUGGUUGUUGUUUAUGUCUACUCCGCUGAAUAAAGAGCUGUAAUUUUUAUUUGGAAACUGCAAAUCUGGAACUAGGAGGGAUAAUGACUCCUUCAAGUUACACACAGUGUCAGUUUGUGAGAUUCCAAAGCCAUCGCAGUUACACAGAAAACCUGGAAUGGGAAAGGCAGUGUGAGUGCUGGUAGACCAGCUGCUCCUUCCUGUGAGCACAGUGGAAGAGGCUGGUGAAGCUGAAGUUCAGUCCAGAUUUUAAAAAUCACACUUUCUCAGGGAUCUCCACCAACUAGUGGGUGUCCUGGCUGUUCCUGUGACUGCCUUUUUCUAUAGAUGAGGCCUCAAAUGAGUUGCAGCUAUUCUGGUGUUCCUAUGAGGGUACUUUGUAUGGAAGAGUAUAUACUCCCAAACUUUGCUGGUAGAUUCUUUGGCCAGUCACCAAAGAGUAUGAAAGAAUCCAGCAAAGGAUUUUUCUUAUUGCUAGCAGUUACUCAUCGUAGUCCAGUAAAGUAUGAUCCCCAUAGGGAGCCUUGAAUAAUUUCAACCCUCCCAUAUUCUAUUCUGAAAUACCACUUUAUAUUUCAUUUAUAUUCUUUUGUCUGAUAAUGUCUGAGAAAGGUUUCAGAGUUCAGCAGUGCAACGUGAAAGAUUAGGAAAACUAUUGAAGUAUUGGUGGGAAACUUGAUAAAAAAUCAUAGAUUGAAGUUUGUUAAAAGACAUUUGAACUUGGAAUUGACUGGGAGGCCAAAGAUAUAAAGAAGCAGAAGACUUUCUCAAGACAUGAGUAAGUUGUGUGUUACUGGUCUGCGUUUUGUGUGCAUGAUGGGGAUUUGUUGAAUGAUGUUGAAUUCUAAGCUCCGACAAUCAUUGUCAACGGAAGAUCAAGCUGCAAAUAUUUAUGUUUUAAAACUUAAAUUAUAAGGCUAGUUAAACCUUUCUAACUAUUUUUAAUGUUCAUGGGUACAUUUUGUAUGUUACCUUUGAACAGUACAUGUGAAAAAAUUCAUGUUAAGUACAAAUUGCCAACUGGGAAUCAGUUUGGGAAAGAGGUUUUGUGGAUUCUUUGAUACUUCAAAAAAAAAAUUUUGACUUCUGGGGAAUUUGGUUAAUUUUCUUAUCUAGAUUUUAAGGCUAGAAUGCCAAAAGUAAAUAUAUGAAGGAAAUUAAAACCCUUUAUUAAAGUGAUCUGUGAAAACAUUGUUACUGGAAAUUGAGUGGACUUGAGGCCUUUCUUCCAGAAAACAAGGACUUGACUGUCAGGCCUAUAUUAGGUUCUGAAACUUAAUGCCAUGUAUUUGUACUUAUUAAAAAUUGUUUCAAUGAAAAGUGUAUUAGUAAUAAGAACUUCUGGUCUAGUUGGGAGUUCUUCCAUUUAAAAAAUGUGAUAUUUACGUGGAGCUGUUUUGAGUCUUUUUGUUUUCUCAGUUUCCCCUCCACUGGAUAGGAUUGAAGCUAGAAUUUUCCCUUUUGAUAAAGGAAUGAAAGGUGAACAUGUUAUUUGUAAAUUGAUAUUUAGUCCUAGAGCAAAAGUUGAAAGACUAGAAUAUGUUAUAAGCCUAAUCCUAGGUAGCCUUAUAAAAAUAUCUCUUUUAACUAUCUUCUGAACCUAUAUUCACAUUGGUUUUUAAGAUAUAUUAAGUUAUAUAUUUUUUCUCUUUUCAGAGCUGCUUCUGUGGGGCUGCCCCCCUCUUUGUUUUUUUUUUUUUUUAAUAAAUUGAGGUGUCAUUCACAAAGGGCUGCAUUUUUUGAAAGAUUUCUUACAACUAUGGCUGGGUGUUUUAGUCUUCCAAGAAGGGCCAUUGUAACUUUAUUGUAACUUUAGAAGUGACUUCUGAAGUCAAGUGGUCUUUAACUUUGGGGACUACUUUGCAUGUAAGUGCUAAUUCAGAUUUAAGCUUGAGUUAUCGCAUAUCAUCCCAUGAAUAUUGACAAUGGACAGAAUACCUUUCCUGUAGUUUCAGUUCUAGACUGAAAAGCUUGGGAAGAAACUUCAUUUUCUUUUUUGCACAAAUCAGAAAAAUAGCUACUGUGCAGAGUUUCCUUGUUGACCUCAGCAGGUGAACUGGACUGCUAGUUUUAAUUCAGACUAGAUUGGAUGGCUUUUAUAUUUUCACAUGUAUACAUAGACUCUGCAUUUUCAUCAACAUCCAUUAGUUAUUGAACUUUAUGAACUGGCAUUGAGACAUUACAACAGUGUUUUGUUGCGCCAACUUUAUUAAUUUUUACAGUGCAAUACAUGCUAUUUUUCAGAGACAAACCAAAGUUUAAUUUCUCAAGGUUCAUGCUGUUUACUUCAGCAGCAUUUGAUGGAAGAUCUUUUAUAUACAUUUGUAAUAGAUAAAAAUAAACCAGACUGCAAAUCCUUUUUCUUUCUUUUUUAAAGCAAACCAUGUACCAAGUUUUUUGGUUCAAAUUGUGUAGGAUAAGUUAAAUUGCAUUCUAUUAACCAAUAUGUCUAUUUCUGUAAGUAUAGUUAUGUUGAAAUAAAGUUUUAAAACAUUUCA